GGUUCCGCCUCCCGCCCGCUUCCGGGGCCGCCGCGCAACAUGCUGGUGCGCCGGGCCGGGCGGUGGCGGGCGCCGUGCUAGUGGCGAGUGUGCUCGGGCCGGGGCCUCGAGGCCGGCGCCAGGGGUCGUUAAUGUUCGGGGCUGCCGGGCGCUCAGCGAUCGGAGCUCCAGCCGCCGGGAACAGCUGGCAUUUCAGUCGAACCAUGGAAGAGUUGGUUCAUGAUCUUGUCUCGGCAUUGGAGGAGAGCUCAGAGCAGGCUCGGGGAGGCUUUGCAGAAACGGGGGACCAUUCUCGAAGUCUCUCUUGCCCUCUGAAGCGCCAGGCAAGGAAGAGGAGAGGGCGGAAGCGGAGGUCCUACAAUGUCCACCACCCCUGGGAGAUGGGGCAUGGACUGAGCGAAGGCUCAGAUUCCAGUUUAGAAGAGCCCGGCAAGGACUACCGGGAGACCCACAAUAACAACAAGAAAGACCACAGUGACUCCGACGACCAGAUGGUAGUGGCCAAGCGCCGGCCGUCAUCCAACUUAAACAACAACGUCCGAGGGAAAAGGCCCCUGUGGCAUGAGUCGGAUUUCAUUGUGGACAGCAUGGGUAACCGGACUUUGCGACGGCGGAGAAAGGUGAAACGUAUGGCGGUGGACCUGCCCCAUGAUGUCUCCAGCAAACGUUCCACCACCCAGCCCCUGGACGGCUGCAGAGACCAGGACAUGGACAAUGAUGGCACCUGUCCAUACCAAGAGUUCACCAAGAAUAAAGUCAAGAAGAGGAAGCUGAAGAUUGUGAGACAGGGACCCCGGAUCCAAGAUGAGGGCGUGGUCUUGGAAAGCGAGGAACCCAGCCAGAUGGACAAGGACAAAAUGGAAUAUGAAGAGCAAAAGGUCUCCGAUGAACUCAUGAGUGAAAGUGACUCCAGCAGCCUGAGCAGCACUGAUGCAGGUCUGUUCACCAACGAUGAAGGAAGACAAGGUGAUGAUGAGCAGAGUGACUGGUUCUAUGAAAAGGAAUCGGGUGGAGCUUGUGGCAUCACCGGAAUUGUGCCCUGGUGGGAGAAGGAACAGCCUGCGGACCUGGACAAGAAUCUCCCAGACCCAGUCUUUGAAAGUAUCUUAACUGGUUCUUUUCCCUUUAUGUCACAUUCGGGCAGAAGAGGUUUCCAAGCGAGACUCAGUCGCCUUCAUGGAAUGCCUGCCAAGAGUAUUAGAAAGUCUGGAGGAGCCCCAGCUUCAAUGGCUGCAGACUGGACCAGUGAAAUUCCCCUAUAAACCAAAUCUUCUAAUGCUAAUAAAUUAGUUACGUUUUCAACAUCUGGGGAAUACCAUGCGAGGGACCUGGCUCCUGUCCUCUCCCCUUGGAGGAAUUUCAUUGAAGUGAGAGCCUCUUUGAUGCAAAGAUGGGGCUGGUUUUGCUGGAGGACUGGUAUUCUUCCUUUAGCUAGAAGUGAAACCUGAUUGGGGAGCCUCUCUAGGUAUCUAAGUUGGCCCUGGGGUGGGCAGAAAGUAUUGUAAAUUUUAAAUAUUUUUCUCUUUCGUGAUAUUUUUGCAUUGAAUCCAUUUAUGUACCACUUGCGUUGCCAAAAUGCUAACAAAAAUUAGAAAGUUUAAAACGUCCAGAUCUUAUAUAAGGAUUGCUUAAUGUUUAUAUUGUGACUGCGUAAGAGCAAAUUUUUACAUCUUUGAUUGUUUAUAAAUAAAAAACACAUAAUACAUUGAUCUUGAUGGUUCAUUUUUAGAGAACUCGUAUAUGAUUAGCAUUACUUAAAAAUUUGCAUUUGAAAUUUCAGGGUAUUUAAAAUAAGAGCUACGAUGAGUAAUAGGUAGGGUUGCUCAUUUUUGCUAGAGUUUGUAUCUUGUUCACUUUGCUUUCCACUGAGAUCAUUGCUCUGUAUCGCGAACCCAUUGUAUUUUAUCACAGAGUAUUCACUGUACUGCACACCCAUCCUAGUGUCAACUAGCCACAGUGAUGACUCAUCUGUGCUAGUAGAAGUAUUUACCAUAACCUUUGAAGUCUUUGUCUGAUCUGUGAAGCCAAUCGAAGGAAUCAUUUGGGCUCACUGUUUAUUGAAAUCAUAUGAAAGCUGGUAUUUCAACAAAUGCUGCAUUGCUCUGAAUUGUACCAUCAUGUUUAAAAGCGAGAGCUGCUUGUACAGUUCUGAAGUAGGAAAAUACCCCAUAACAGACACAUGUGAGGGUGAAAAUACUGGCAUGACCACAUUUUUCACCACAUAGAGAAGAAAUAGAACAUAUCUGUUAAUGGAAUAGUAGACAUUACUUUGGGCCAUUUAAGUUCUUCAAAGUGGUUAUAUUACAAUGAUUAAUGAUUCUGUUAUGUUCCAAUAAUUGAUGAAAAUGUGAUUGAAUACAUGUAUUUUUAUGUUGUUGUAUGGAAUAAUGAAAUAAUGAUUAAUUUAGUAUCUAAUGGCUAACUUAAAUAUGAUGGUUGGAAAAGAAACUUAAGAGUUGACCAUAAUGUAAAGUGAUUAAACAAUGAAAGAUUUUAGCAAAUGAUUUAUCAGGACUACAUGACAGCUUCAGAUUGCUUAUCUGAACUGGAUAGAUAAAAGGUGAGAGAGUACAACUUUGAAUUCUCUUUACCUUUGCAUAUUUAAAAUACUAUUUUAGUGGUAAUAUCAUGUGGGGUUUGGUGAUUUGUUUUUUUAAUGCUGUGUCCUUUGGAGUGUAAGUUUAUGAAUUUUUUACCUAAAUCACAAAGAUGCUUUUAUUCUCUUUUGUAUGAUUGUCUUUUAGAUCUGAAUGAGUCACUUUGAAGCCUUGGCCUGUGAACUUUGCCUCAUUGGUCAUGAAUCUAGAUGAGCACUAGAUUGUUCCGUUUUACCUAUUUUUAUUCAUGGUUCCAUUUUACCUAUUUUUAUUUUUGGUUCACUGCCUGCUUGAGCAUAGCUUGGAUUUGUAGCCCAUUUUCUAGCCUGAUUGCAAUCUUACUGUGGUAUUUUAUAGAAGCUAUUACAACUGAUAGACUGGCUUCAUGGUAUUGAUGACACAUGGCUUUACCAUAGUAAAAGCUGCUUCCCUGCCUAAGUUGUAAAACAGUGAUGAGGUGUCACAUGAUGGACAUAUACUUUGGAUAUCUAAGUAAACACUCUCUCACACACGCAUACUCACACAUAUACAUAUAUAUGUAUGAAUCAUGAAACUAGUGUGUUAGGCCAUAAACUGUUUUUCUGGUGUUCAGGUUUUUUCUUUGUUGUUUUCUGUUUGUUUUGUUUUUUAUUCAAAAAUUGUACUAAAGAGAUUGGACUCCUUCAGGUUUAUCUUCUUUCCAUCCUGAAUUGUCCUUGUUUGGAUUUUUGAAUGCUGUAAUAAUUUUUUAUGUCCAAUAAAAUGUUUGGCUUCAGCAAGAAAGGUAAGAGUUAUGGUUCAUACUGAUAUUUUUGAAUGUCUGUGCUCAGUUUGCCAUUCUUUUUCACAUUGCCUGCAGUAUCUGUAACAGUCUCAUUUAUAAGUCACAAAUCUCAAAAAAAUUAC